UAAACCUCUUGGUUCAACAGUAACCGUUCGAGCAGCUUACACGCUUGUAUAUUCCCUACGGUUCGUUUACAAAGUUCAGAUCGUUGCCGGGAAAAGGGACCGGAAUCCCAUUUCCCGUCUAAAGUCCGAACGAAUUUCCGGGAAAGGCAGGGAUUUUCACGAUGAAGGCACUUAUUCUUGUUGGAGGGUUUGGAACACGGUUGAGGCCAUUGACACUUAGCUUCCCAAAGCCACUGGUUGAUUUCGCUAACAAACCUAUGAUUCUGCAUCAGAUAGAAGCUCUGAAGGCUAUUGGAGUUACUGAAGUGGUUUUGGCCAUCAAUUACCAACCAGAGGUGAUGCUUAACUUCUUGAAGGAAUUUGAGACGAGGCUUGGGAUUAAGAUCACUUGCUCACAGGAGACUGAACCACUUGGAACUGCUGGUCCUCUGGCUUUGGCUAGGGACAAACUGAUUGAUGGUUCUGGUGAGCCUUUUUUUGUCUUGAACAGUGACGUUAUCAGUGAGUACCCCCUCAAAGAAAUGAUUGACUUUCACAAAAGCCAUGGAGGCGAGGCUUCCAUUAUGGUGACCAAGGUGGAUGAGCCAUCCAAAUAUGGUGUUGUGGUUAUGGAAGAUUCAACAGGGAAGGUUGAGAAAUUUGUAGAAAAGCCAAAAUUAUUUGUGGGUAACAAGAUCAAUGCUGGAAUUUACCUCUUGAAUCCAUCUGUACUUGAUCGUAUAGAACUGAGGCCAACAUCAAUUGAGAAAGAGGUGUUCCCCAAGAUUGCAGCAGAGCAGAAGCUCUAUGCGAUGGUCCUUCCUGGAUUCUGGAUGGAUAUUGGACAACCAAAGGAUUACAUAACUGGACUGAGACUCUACCUGGAGUCCUUGCGGAAGAAAUCCUCAUCAAAGUUGGCCUCUGGGUCUCACAUAGUUGGAAAUGUUCUGGUAGAUGAGAGUGCUGUGAUCGGAGAGGCAUGUCUGAUAGGGCCAGAUGUUGCCAUUGGACCAGGAUGUGUGGUCGAAUCAGGUGUCAGACUCUCCCGUUGUACAGUGAUGAGAGGGGUUCGUAUUAAAAAACAUGCAUGCAUCUCCAGCAGCAUCAUUGGUUGGCACUCCACAGUUGGCCAGUGGGCUCGUGUUGAAAACAUGACUAUCCUUGGAGAAGAUGUUCAUGUUUGUGAUGAAAUCUACAGCAAUGGAGGUGUGGUCCUGCCUCACAAGGAGAUCAAGAGUAGCAUUCUGAAGCCAGAGAUAGUCAUGUGAGGGUGAACAUGCAGUUAAGAUCAGAUGUUCAGUGUCUAGUGUUUAUAUAGUUGUCUUUCCUUCCUUGAAAUGUGAAAGAACUUUUU